AUGUCGGCCUACUACGCCGAUGAAAAGCAGGACAAGGUCGACGUCGAGGUCGUGACCACCGAUGGGGCCGUCCACGAUGCCGUUUGGGGCGAUAUUGACGGCAAGGGGCCCAACUACCGCGGUCUUGGCUGGGCCCGCACUGCUGUCGUUCUGGUCAAAAUCCAGAUCGGCCUCGGAGUGCUGUCUAUGGCUUCGUUCCUCGAUGUGCUAGGCCUCAUACCUGGUGUACUCGUCAUCAUUGUAGUGGGCAUCUUGACAACCUACACGGAUUACAUUGUCGGCACCUUCAAACUCGCCCAUCCCGAGGUAUACACCCUUGCCGAUGUUGGCCAGUUGAUUUGGGGUCCAAUCGGCCGCGAAAUCCUCUUCGUCGGCUACUGGCUGUAUCUCGUCUUUGUCGCGGGUGCUGGUCUUUUGGCCAUAUCCACUGCACUCAACGCCGUCUCGGACCACGCCAUCUGUACCGCGCUCUUCACCCUAGUCGGUGCCGCUACUGUCAUGCUCAUCGCCUCGAUCCAGACCUUGGACCGGAUCUCCUGGAUCACCUGGGUCGGUGUCAUGGGAAUCAUGACUUCGGUCAUUACACUCACAAUCGCGGUGUCUCAACGCGACCGUCCGUAUGCCGCCCCUCAGACCGGUCCCUGGGACAAGCAGCUCAAGCUUUGGGGUGAUGCGCCCUUCGUCGACUGCUGUGCUGCAGUUGCCGCUAUUAUCUUCUCAUACGCCGGUGCCCCCGCCUUCUUCUCUGUGGUCGCGGAAAUGAAAAACCCUCGCCAGUUCACGCGGUCCCUCCUGGUGUGCCAGGCCGUUGUCAUUUCUACCUUUACCAUCGUCGCGGCUGUCGUCUACCACUACUGUGGAGUGUACCUCUCCUCGCCUACGCUCGGCUCAGCCGGUGGGGUGAUCAAGAAGGUCUGCUACGGCUUCGCUCUCCCUGGACUCAUUGCCGGCGCCGUGCUCAACACACAUAUCCCGGCCAAGCUGCUUAUGGUGCGCUUCCUCCGCAACUCGGAGCACCUAGCCAACAACACGAAGGUCCACUACAUCGUCUGGUUUUCGUGCAUUGCCUUCAACGCCUCCAUCUCAUUCAUCAUCGCCGAGGCCAUCCCAGUGUUCAACAACUUGCUGUCGGUUGUUGGUGCCUUCCUCGCCACUCCCCUGUCCAUGACUGUCGAGUGUCUCAUGUACAUGUGGGAGGUUCGUCGCAAAGACGAACAGCCCACAAUGAGGGGAAGGCUCAUGUACGGGUGGAACUUUUUCAUCUUUGUCCUCUCACUCUUUGCGAUUGGAACCGGAAUGUGGGCUUCUGCCAUGGCGAUCAAGGGCGAUAUCGACAAGGGUAAUCUCCUCAAGCCUUUCGGAUGUGCCGACAACUCGGGCUUCCACCCGGCGUCUUGA